ACUUUGUUGAACCUCAUUGUUAAAGCUGUCACUUUUGAAAGGGCUUUGCUAAGCAGGACGCUAUAAAACCCGUCAUCGAGUGAGAACGGCCAGAAGAGUACUGCUAGUCUUAUCGGUUGGAUCCUAACGGGGGAAAAAAUCUCCUGCAAUCAAAAAGGGGUGUUUCGUUUAUACUUUUCCACACACUUUCCAAGCGGCGCAAUGAUGUUCCCAAAUGUAAUUGCACCACCUGCGAUGUAUCCGGGUUUUCUUCGGCCGUCGGCGGCCCUGACUCUGCCCCAGUCUCUGCAAUCGGCGUUUACCACUCACUCCAGCUUUUUAGUGGAGGAUCUGCUGCGGAUCAGCCGACCGGCGAGCUACUUGCACAGGACAGUCCCUUCGCCAAGUGUUUCUCCGCCGACCUCGGGAACCACCACCCUCAACACCGCUUCGGCUGAUCGCGUUAGCACUUCCACCUCCUUGUCAAGCGGAACAUGCUCGGCACAAACUUCACUUUCCAACAGCAGCGACCCCAACUAUUUGAAGUUUGGAGUUAACGCCAUCCUGGCACCAUCGACAAGAAACGAAUCGUCGCCUCCUUCCAUUCAGUGUGUGCAUCCGAAAGCAUUCCCUUUGCCCUAUUUUGAUGGAUCGUUCCAUCCAUUCAUCAGAUCAUCGUAUUUUCCAGCAUCUUCAUCGGUCGUGCCCAUCCCUGGAACUUUCUCAUGGCCGCUUGCAGCUAGAGGGAAACCCCGGAGGGGGAUGUUGAGACGGGCGGUGUUUUCUGACGUGCAACGCAAAGCUCUCGAGAAAAUGUUCCAGAAACAGAAAUACAUCAGCAAACCCGACCGGAAGAAGCUCGCGGCCAAACUUGGUCUGAAAGACUCACAGGUGAAAAUUUGGUUUCAAAACCGAAGAAUGAAAUGGCGAAAUUCCAAAGAAAGAGAGUUGUUGUCUUCCGGAGGGUGCAGGGAGCAAACGCUGCCCACGAAAAUGAAUCCCCACCCGGACCUCAGCGAUGUGGGCAAAAAGUCGUCCGGGGAAGAGGAGGCUUUCGGGAGAGAGAGCCCGCGAGCGGCGUUCUGCCAUUCACCCACGGAGCGCAAACUCUUGGACAGUGUGGAGUCGCACCUCUCGUCCCCGUCCCACUCCAGCAAACACUCAGACUUUUCAGACUCCGAGGACGAAGAAAUCACAGUCUCUUAAUCUAAAAAAAAAUUUAAAUUAUGUUUACAUAUAGCUGCCCUUUAUAUAUUGCUUAUAUACAAAUUAUGUAAUCAAUCUCUAAAUGUAAGAGGAUGUAUCCCUUAAUGUAGGCGCAGACGUUCCCAAGAUUUUAACAGAUUUCUUCCACAUGUUCUAUAGGCUACGCUCUGUUUAACGGACUCCCUCAAAACAAGGUUGCAUAAGAUAUUUUCUUUGGUACUUAACUUGGACCGUACUUGUACACACAAACAUCUAAUCGUUUAUUUUAAGGGAUAUGCUUCUUUGAAAUAACUUGCUGUGUUUGUACAGCUUUUUAUUGUACAGUAUUAUGUACAAAUAUAUUUUGUAUGGAAAUUUUAUACCAAGAGUAUUAUGAGUAAGGCUUUUUACAUUAGAUUUAAUGUUUUUAACUAAGAAAUGUAGAAGUUAAAUGUAUAACUUAUGAAAACAUAUAUUUUGUAUGCCACUGUGUGUAAAUGUGUAUAUAUUCUAAAUGUUUUGUACAAACGCCAAAUAAAGUGUAGAAAGU